AGAGAAUUCGUAAAAGAACUAUGCAUGGUGCUGAUGUGGUGAUUGUAUAGCAUAGGUAUUAUAAUAUACCAUGUCCAAUCAUUCGCAACAUACCUAGUCUGAUUUACUCCGACUCGGACGGCCGCCGGAGACGGACAAUUGAUUUUAAUAACAGCCCGUGAAAACAAGCUUUGUUUAUUUUAUGAAUAACUGUAUCAACAUAUUUAAUGACAAGUUAAAAGUGCCUUCCUUUCUACGCCAAAAAAUGGCCCUACCAGCAUCGUUUUGGUGUUUUCUUCUAGUCCUCCUCAACACAUUGGUUCUAUUGCAUAGUAUACAGUCAUGGGGCUACAGACCUCGUUUCCCAUCUCACAAGAUACCUGAAAAUGCACUUAGCCCUCGACGAGCGAUAGUGCGGCGAAAAUUAGUACUGUACCAUAAUUUCUUUCGCACUAAAGUUCGCCCUACAGCUUCCAACAUGGUAUUAAUGUCAUGGCAUGCAGAAGCGGCACGGCAAGCGCAAGAGUACGCGGACCACUGCAUUUUUCUGAAGCACAACCCUAUUGAAGAGAAGAUUGUGACGCAUCUGGGCGCUUGUGGUCAGAACCUUUUCGCCGCAGCGGAGAAGACACCCUGGUUCUUUGCUAUCAAAGACUGGUUUCUGGAGUACCAGAACUUCACUUACGGCGCGCCUAUCAAAAACCUGCGUGCUGUAGGCCACUACACCCAGAUGGUUUGGGCCACCACCCACAAACUCGGCUGCGGGGUCGCGCGCUGCAGCGGAGGGCCGUGGGGACAGUUCUAUAACUACGUGUGCCAUUAUUGUCCUGGUGGCAACAUCGAAGGUAUAGUACAAUACCCGUACCGCGUAGGCCCUCCCUGCGGAGACUGCCCCGACCACUGCGUAUCUGGCCUGUGCACUAACAUGUGCAUGGAAAAAGAUCAUUACUCCAACUGCGAUGAACUGGCAGGCAUGAAGAUUCCAGACUUAUGUACGCAGGGUGUGUGCAAUGCUACCUGCGCUUGCCAAGGGAAGAUACAUAAAAACUACCCGUUUGUCUAGAAAUACGUAUGGAUGUAGUACAAAGAAGUUUUAACAUUACAUUUUGGUCAGUUGAUAAGUUAUAGAAGCUCCAGCAUUUACAGUAUUAAUUUCUCUCGUAAGACGUUCACGACGGUAUGGGGUCGAAAGACAUGCAAAGCAUGCUUAAUUACUAGGUGUUAAUUAGGUAGACACUUUAGACAGGCAGUCUCUUGCUAGUAAGGACGAUUUGACUCGUCUAAUUUAUAAACGACUCUCUUUUGUUUUCCAAAUUAAUGAUUGCUUCAGAAACCUACCAUAGGCAACCUCACAAAUAUAAAUUCAUGCUGUUUUUGUUUAAGUCUCUUAUAUAUUGAUUAAAAAAAAACCUUAUUCAACCUAAUUGAAUUGCGUAACGAAAGUAGCCAUAAACAUUUUACGUGUGUGACUGAUUUUCAUUAUAAACAAUGGUAUACAAUCAAUAGUUGAGGAACGAACGUCUUAAAUGAGUUUUUACAUUUUAUUAAAUCCUUCGUUAUGUACCUUACGUAAUGUUUAUUAUAGUGUAAAAAUAUCUUAGGUUUUAUCUAGAAACAAUAAGUUUAAAGAAAUAAAUAAUUAUAAAUCAUA